AUGAAUGAUCCUGAUGGGUACAUCUCUCCAGGAGGCACUGGAUAUGAGAGUGCAAGUCAAACCGAUUCAUUGCGGAAUCGGUCUUGCUUCUAUCGAUUGUUCCACCGCCCCCCUAAGUCACCACCAGACUAUCGAAAGGCUGAAAUACACUACUGGGAUGGCCCCGAUGAUCCAGAAAAUCCAUUCAAUUGGAGUAAGACAUACAAAUGGGUGCUCACGAUAACCACGUGUUUCAUGUCUAUUCUUGUUGCUAUACCAGCUGGAUCCUACAGUGGUGGACAGCUUCACAUAUCUAAGGAGUUCCACGUCCAGAGUCAGCCUUUCCCCAACCUGCAAUGGGCCACGAUGUCAUUCCAGAUGGGAGCCGCGAUUUUACCACCUUUCUUCGUCCCACUGUCCGAAUCGUGGGGCCGAAUGCCUGGAUACGCCUUUGGAUAUACUAUCUACAUAAUUUGUCUCUUUCCAUCGGCUUUUGCCCAGAACUUUGCUACUUUGGUGGUAACCCGGUUCUUCGGCGGGGGUGCAGCCGCAUCCACAAUUAACAUCAUCGGAGGCACUAUCAGCGAUAUCUGGCGUGGCAGUGUGGCUCGCAGUCGUCCACUAUCACUGAUCUUCUAUUGCCAGAUAAUCUGGGCAGUGGCCUUGAUCCCCCUCUUUUACUUUAUCCUAUAUGAGACCCGUGGAGAUGUUAUUUUAGCCAAACGCGCGAAAAAGCUACGCGAGCAAACGGGUCGACCGAUCUACACCAAAACCGAGCUUGAAAUGCCUGGCGCAUGGGAACGACUCAAAGUCUCCUCGACGCGUCCAACCCGAAUGCUUCUCAAGGAGCCUGUUGUUACCUUCUUUGCACUCUGGGUUAGUUUCGCCUGGGGAAUUCUGUUCCUCUUCUUCGACAGUGUCUACCUCACGUUCCAUGAGAACUACAAGUGGGGUGCUUUCAAUGUCGGCCUCGUCGAACUCUCUAUACUAGUCGGUGCAAUCAUUGGUUUUACGUGCAAUCCACUUCAGGAUGCUAUGUACCGGCAAUCUGCGAAGAGGAACACGCAAGCGGAUGUUCCUGGUAAACCGAUCCCAGAGGCACGACUAUAUACAUCCAUCCCAGGCAGCCUACUCUUCUCUGGGGGGUUAUUCUGGUACGGUUGGGGUAGUGUCGGCCAUGGUUCAAUUCAUUGGAUCGUACCUGCACUAGGAAUUGGGUGCACUGGUGUCGGGAUAUACUCUAUCCUGAUGACGGUGAUCAACUACCUGACAGACGCCUAUGAGAGGUAUGCCGCGUCCGCGCUUUCAGCCACCUCGCUAGGCCGGAAUGUUAUGAGUGGUCUUCUUCCACUCUCAUCCAUAGCGCUCUUUGAACAUUUAGGGUUCGGUUGGGCUGGAUCUUUGCUGGGAUUUGUAGGAGUAGCACUUUCCAUCGUGCCGGUCGUCCUUGUGCUCAAGGGAGCCGAAAUUCGACGGCGAAGCUUGUUCAUGCGGGAGUCCACAUUUGACUGA